UUUAUGCUGUAUGUUUGAAAGAUACUCCAACAAAAUUUGCAGUUAAAAAAUUCACCAACGAUUAUCCCGAAGAAAUCAUCAUAAACGAGAUUCGUUUAAUGAAAAUUGUGGAUUAUCAUCCAAAUAUAAUUGGAUUUUGUGGAGUCACAAAAUUUGAAGAAGAAAAAAAUUAUUCGCUUAUUCUUGAAUAUGCAAAUGGUGGAACCUUAGGAAAAUAUUUACGAGAAAAUGUUAAAACUUUCAAGAGUGAAUGGGAAAGACAAUUGAAAUUUGCACGUGAUAUUGCAAGAUCAAAUUUCUAUACCAAAGGAUCACGUGGAGUAAUCCCUUAUAUGGAUCCUAAAUUUUUUGAAAACCAUUCAUAUGAUCUCACCGAAAAAUCUGAUAUAUAUAGCUUUGGAGUAUUAUGCUGGGAAUUAACUAGUUGUUCAUCACCUUUCAAUUUUGAAACAACAGUUGAUACUGCUAUUCAGGUUAAAAUUCUUGAAGGUGUAAGAGAAAAGCCUAUCUCAACCACAAAUGGUAAAUUUGUUUAUCUUUAUCAAAAAUGUUGGCAACAUGAACCAGAUGAGAGACCAAAUAUUUAUCAAGUAAUUUCGGAACUUAAUAGUGUAACCGAUUCUAAUUCUGAAGAAAGUGUUAGAACUGAAGAAACAGAAAAUGAUGAGAAGGCAGAUCACUUCUUCGAUUGUGAUAUAACCAGAUACU